AAGUUCACUUACUCCUCUUUAGCAUGUUUGCUAAUCUAUAUGUUAAAACAGUGCUAGAUGUGUAUUUGUGGUGUUUUUAGCACCCAAGACUUUGACAGCCCUGCUGUAACAGGAGCCUUAAGACUCGAGCCUACUAUUUGCAAAUUCCUUUGGUAUAAAAAUGCUUGGGAAACUGUCAUCCACCCUGCAGCGCUACAUAUCAGCAACUUCAUACAGAUCUGAUGCGCUGUUUAAAAUUCACCCCACUGUGGUUGAGGCUCUGUCUGAUCACCGGCCUGUUGUGGCUUUGGAGAGCACCAUCAUCACACAUGGAAUGCCAUACCCUCAAAACCUGAGCACAGCCAAAGAGGUGGAGGACAUUGUGAGAGCUGAGGGUGUGACUCCUGCCACGGUGGCUAUUCUGGAUGGAAAGGUGCAUGUGGGCUUGUCUUCAGAUGAGCUGGACUCCCUUGCCCGAAGUAAAACGACCCUCAAGGUGUCCAGGAGAGACUUGCCUUAUGUUAUCAGCAAGGGUUUGUCUGGAGGAACUACUGUCUCGGGUACGAUGAUCGCAGCUCAAAAGGCGGGAAUUCCUGUUUUUGUGACUGGAGGUGUUGGCGGCGUACACAGAGAUGGAGAAAAUACCCUGGAUAUCAGCGCAGAUCUGACUGAACUGGGCCGCACUCCAAUUGCUGUUGUGUCUGCUGGAGUGAAGUCCAUCCUGGACAUUGGCCGAACCCUGGAGUUCCUGGAGACUCAAGGGGUCUGUGUAGCCACUUAUGGAGAGUCAAAGAGUUUUCCAGCUUUCUUUUCUCAUAAAAGUGGAUACACAUCUCCUUACAAUGUCCACAACGCUGAAGAAGCAGCUGAGCUUAUUGCGAGUACACUGUUUCUGGGCCUUCAGAGUGGACUCCUGAUUGCUGUUCCUCUUCCAGAUGAACAUGCUGCUGCUGGACAGCAGAUAGAAGAUGCCAUACAAGCUGCUGUGACUGAAGCCAGGCUAAAAGGAAUCAGAGGAAGAGAUGUGACCCCCUUCAUCCUACACAGAGUCAAUGAGCUCACUGAGGGACAAUCUCUCCGAGCCAACAUAGAUCUAAUUCAUAAUAAUGCCAGGGUCGGCAGUCAGAUAGCACGUGCCCUUGCUGAGCGCACACAUCGUUCCCGAGGAGGCUGUAGGAGGCAGAAGGAUGAGAAACAGGCAUCAAAACCUAAAACUAUAGUUGUUGGAGGUGUAAAUGUUGAUUUCAUUGCUAAAGGAGCAAGCAAGACGUUAUUGUUUGGACAGACAAACCCAGGAAGUGUCUGCCAGUCCUUUGGUGGAGUGGGAAGGAAUAUUGCAGACUGUUUGAGUAGACUGGGUCAAAAAGUUCUGUUUAUCUCAGCUGUUGGAGCAGAUUCUCAUAGUGAUGCUGUGCUCAACUACUGUAAACAUAUGGACACUCAUGCAGUUGCGAGAUUGCAGGGUCAGCGAACGGCCACCUACUGCGCUGUUAUAACAGAGAGUGGAGAGCUGAGUCUAGGACUUGGGGACAUGGAUAUCCACCAGGAAAUCAAAGAGCAGUAUGUUUCACAGUACGAGGACCAGCUCUCCUCUGCAUCUCUUGUGGUUCUUGAUGGCAACAUUCCAGUUUCUACUAUCAACUACUUAUGCAGCCUUGCUAAGAAACAUUCAGUUCCAGUUUGGUAUGAGCCCACGGAUGCUGAGAAGGCCUGUAAGCCAUUUGUUUCUGAAAGCUGGAAGGCACUCUCUUACACCUCUCCCAACCUGGCAGAGCUGUGCACCAUGAACCGGACUCUUCUUCUACCUACUCCACAGGUGUUGCCAAGCUCUCUGGAGGACGUGUUGGGGUGUGCAGCAGCUCUUUCUCGCCCCCUGCUGGAGCACCUGCAGUGCGUGGUAGUGACACUGGGAGCACUGGGAGUGUUGGUCUGUGGAGAGCAUGAGGCUGGAACAGUCAGUCUACGACCCCGAAAGCACAAACUGAAAGGAAGACUGUGUGCUGUGUACUACCCUGCACUUUCAGUACAUUCUGACGAAACAGUCAACGUCUCUGGAGCAGGAGACAGUCUUGCAGGUGCAAUAAUGGCAGGGAUCCUACAGGGAAAAGACACAGACACCUGUAUACGAAUGGGUCUCCUUGCUGCACGUCUAUCUUUAUUCUCUCCUCACCCCAUCGCUCCAUCUCUGACUGCAGAUGCCAUUCUCCCAGACAGGGUGCACUCACAGCCCUGGUCCAAGCCAACCUGCAUGUGGAUGGAGUCAUAAUAAACAGGAUAUACCAGAAAUAUAACAGGAUAUAAAAUAAAAAGACGUUUGACUAUACAAAUACCUGCAUAUGACGUGAUAAUACAAAAAUAUUACAGUAUAAGAAACAAACAAACGGAUAUAACCAUGUGAUUUGAAUUACUUAUAUACGUAAAUCUUGUAAAAAAAAAUUGGUCUAAUAAUCCAACAGUUCUGCUGUAUUUUUUUUUUAUAAUAAUAAUAAGAACUACUUAAUGUAUGUUUU